CCCUGCACAGGCGGCUUGACACACAGGCACUCUUCCUGCCUCCAGCUCUGACUCAUCUGCUGACGCUUGGGGGAGGAGGGGUAGCUGCUUGAUAUUUUUGGCUUUCCCCCAUAAAAGGGGAGACAGUUUCCUUCAUUCCAAGUCUCUUGAACGUCAGUGUCGAACGUGUCUAUGCUGCUUUCUCAUCUGAAAUCUUGCAUAUUGGUUGAAUUCAGAUCUGAUUCAUACCCACUGUGAUCAGCUCUCUCAAUUAAGACUUUCCAGAUCCAGGACUCCAGAGUAACCAGACCCUUCCCAAGAAGGAGCUUAUACUUUUGGAUUCCCUGGUGGAGGAAAACAAAACACUCUGGUCUUGCUUCCAAUGAUGCAAGUGUGAUUGUUGGCAUCUUCAUGAGCUCCAGAGGUCACAGCACACUACCACGGACUCUCAUGGCCCCUCGGAUGAUUUCUGAGGGAGAUGUAGGAGGCAUUGCUCAAAUCACCUCCUCUCUCUUCCUGGGCAGAGGCAGUGUGGCCUCCAACCGGCAUCUCCUCCAGGCUCGUGGCAUCACCUGCAUUGUUAAUGCUACCAUUGAGAUCCCCAAUUUCAACUGGCCUCAAUUUGAAUAUGUUAAAGUGCCUCUGGCUGACAUGCCUCAUGCCCCCAUUGGACUGUACUUUGACACCGUGGCUGACAAGAUCCAUAGUGUGAGCAAGAAGCACGGGGCCACACUGGUGCACUGUGCGGCAGGGGUGAGCCGCUCAGCCACUCUCUGCAUUGCUUACCUAAUGAAAUUCCACAAUGUGUGCUUGCUGGAGGCGUACAACUGGGUGAAAGUCCGGAGGCCUGUCAUCAGGCCCAAUGUAGGCUUCUGGAGGCAGCUGAUAGACUACGAGCGCCAGCUUUUUGGGAAGUCGACAGUUAAAAUGGUACAGACACCUUAUGGCAUAGUUCCAGACGUUUAUGAGAAAGAGUCCCGACACCUGAUGCCUUACUGGGGGAUUUAAUGUCACCAAAGCCUGCAUCAGCAGCCCCUUGAGCAGUACCAGCAUCUGCUACACACCGUCUGUCUGCUCCCCUCUUCACCUUUCUUUUCAAAUGGUUGAUUUUUUGGUUCUCCCUGAAGUGUUUUUUACACUGGGUGUUCAAAUUUAUAUUAAGAGGUAGGGAGGAGGGGAGGAACAUAAGGGGAAUGCAUACAUUGCUAGUAACAUUUUUAAAACUAACAUUUUGGAAUAGUGUUUAUGAAAAUCUUUAACUGGCUUUUAAUCAUUUUUAAUAAUUUGAACAGUUUAAUAAACUGGCUCUGCUCUAUUUUGAAUCCCAUGCCUUUUGGCAUCAAGACAGGUGCAGGAGCUCAGUGCAAAAAUCACUUUGGGCCCUGGUUAAUCCUCUAGAGACAAGCUUUGCCUAAGGCUGCUGACCACAUAAGCGCUUAGGGACGAUUGAUACCAGCUUCAGUCUCUACUGGAUUAGCCUUACCCUUUCCUUUCCCCUUUAUUAUUUAGUAACUUUGUAAGUUAAAAAAACACACAAAACACCUUUAUUAUUUAGCUGUUAAGUAAUUAAGUAAUUAUAACAAAAUCUGCUGCAAACACCCUCUUGGAAUCAAUGUGCCCCAAGACUAUAUUAACAUUAUUUUUAAUAAACCUAUCUGCUUAACAUA